AAAAUUUAUGCAAAAGAACUCCGACUCAGAGGCAAACCAAACGCUGCCAGCUUUUCGUGGAACUUUUGGAGCAGUCCUACGAAGUAUUUUCCCGAGUCUGAAGUGGUUUUCCUCCUAUGAUUGGUUCCAGUUCAUAACUGAUGUUUUUGCUGGACUAACAGUAGGUCUAGUAUGUUCUGUUCAGGGUCUGAGCUAUUCUCUUCUCGCAAGAUUGCCACAGUCCGUAGGGUUUCAUUUUGCUGUUCCUAUGUUUGUGGAAGCGUUACUUUCCAGUUCUAGAAAUCUUAUUGGUGGUCCGGUUGCUUUGGUUUCGUUAAGUGUGGGUCAAAGCAUAGCUCCAGAAACGACUUCUUCAACUGCUUUAGAAUUGGCUUCUAUCUAUUCUAUAUUUGUUGGUAUGGUUUUGAUACUUUUAGGUUUAUUAGGUGGCGGUCAUUUUGCCAACUAUAUCAGUCGCACUGUCAUCUUAGGUUUUACUUCUGCAGUCUCCAUUGUCAUUAUUUGUAAUGAGUUGGGAGCUCUUUUAGGAAUAUCCGUUAUUCAAAGUGCAUAUGCCUGGAAGGUGGCAAGCUUUGUAUUUCAGAAUGUCAGUCAGCUCAAGAUUCCAACAACGAUGUUGUCUAUUUGCGUUUUGAUGUACUUUUAUGUAUCCAAGCACUAUUUUUCUUUAUACUUGCAGCGUUUUUGGCAAUCUAUUCAUAGUUCUAUUUGGUACUCAUUCUUGAUGGUUGGAAUUCUUGUAGCGAUGACUUUGUUGAAUUCUGCCACCCAUUUUUCCUCAACUUUUGGGAUGGAAGUGGUUGGCUCUGUUCCACAAGCUUUUCCCAAAUUUCGGUGGCCACGAAUGGAAAUGAUAAGAGAAGCAUUUCGUAUUCGUACUAUAGCAACUCUAACACUGUUGGUUUUGAUUGAGAGUACAUCUAUUGCGUUAUCGUUGGCAUCCAAACAGCAUUACAAGGUCAAUCUGAAUCGCGAAGUAACAAGUCUAGGAUUGGCGAAUUUAUUUGGAGGUUGGGUGCAAUGUUAUCCAUUUGCUGCUAGUUUUUCUCGUUCUGCUGUAAAUGCUAACGCUGGAGCAAAGACUCCAGUUGCACAAAUGAUCGCUGCCCUUUUCCUUGCUUUUGCGUCUUGGGGACUUGCCGAGUUCCUUCGUUAUGUUCCUAAAUGCCUUUUGGCUUCCGUUAUAUGUAUCUCCGUGUCUGGAUUGAUUGAAUGGGAAGAAUGGAUGCGACUCUUAUAUUUGGAUGCUUGGGAGUUGGCGAUUUUUACUGCGUCAUUUUUGGCACCUUUGUUGUUGGGUUCCGUAUGGGGUCUAGCGUUUGCCAUAUUUACAUCCUACGUUCCCAUUCUAUUCCAACUUUGGCGGAUGUUGGAUGUCGUCGAUAUGAGGAAUAAGGAUUGGUGGCGGUGCUGCUUUCGUGUGUCGAAAGAAGAACAACAGCAUGUGAUUCGAUUACCCAAGUUGUUGUUUUUUGGAAAUGCUUUGUCAUUGGUACGAUGCAUUGAAGAAGAAUUGGAAAAUGUUUACAUGGAAACGGAUGAUUUUGUUGCAUUGGAUGCGUCCCUAGUCGUGUAUAUGGAUACGAUAUCGUUGGAUAGUUUGGAGAAUUGGUUACAAUCAGAUGAGAAAGCGAAAAACAGGUGCAUCAUACGGAAUUUACCGUCGAGUCUAAUGACUCGAGUUUAUGAUGGACGCAAGUUGCAUAAACUGAUCAAUAUUUUGGUACAAGCACCUAAUGAAUAUGAGGAACUUUUAGAAGCUUAAUAAAAGCAACUGAAUAACAAAGUUUAUUCAACUACCCGUUCUUUUUCAGCUUGGGAAGACCACCUUUUGUUGUCGCUGAAAUAUGGACAAGUACUAUUACACCACAGAGGAACAAAGCUUCACCGACACUUUAUGGUUGGCAAGAUAAGUAUACUCAAUCUUGAGACUUGCGUUAUCAAAGGGACCAGCGUUGGCACAGACUUGACUUCCGUCGCUGUAGGAAGAAACACUCAAACGUUCCAGGAAUGGCGACAGCUGAGGGUUGUUAUCAUGUUCUAUGUAGUUGGUUGCUAUGACACAACAACAUAGUAGUAAGCAGCACAGGAAUAUCACAAGUCGACGAUACUUCAUUCCCUUGAAUUCCAAACCACGAAUCAUUAAAUAUAGCACAUUUAUGAAAUUAGCAAAUCAUCAUCAUCGAUAAGAGCAUGGAGGUGCAAAGCUCUCACAGUACAAAAAGCCUCAAAAGAAUUGGAUUGUUCUCAUUGACUUGCUUUCAAAGGCUGUGCCACAUAAAUAUGACUAGGGUCACUGGGAUCUACGAAUGCUGUAAAACGUUCUUGCACUUGUCGGAAUAUCUCGUUGUUGACUUGCAUAGUAGUUUCUCGUUGACGGUUUUGUCUAUGAAGCGAUAAUAAAGUGAAAAAAAUCGGU